AUGACACAUGAGGAGAACCUUCCAUGGGAGUUGACUGAAGAGAUACUCUCUCGUGUCCCUCCCAUAUCUCUUGUUCGUUUCAGAGCCGUAUCAAAACAAUGGGACGCUCUCUUCGACGACAAGACGUUCAUCAACAACCACAAGUCGACGUUCCGAUUCAUCUUGACAACCAAAUCCAAGAUCUAUUCGGUAAGCAUCGAUCCAAAGAUUGUGGUCCGUGAGUUAACCUUGGGUAUUCAAGGUUUAGAAUAUCAAGUACUUAAAGCAAUAGUUGAGUGCGGUGAGUUCUUGCUAUGUGGCAUGGACAACAGAUCCGCGGUUUGGAACCCGUGGUUAAACCGGACUAGAUGGUUCAAGGAUGAGGUUGGCCAACCUAAAUUAAUACUUGAAGGCAUAGGUUAUGAUAGUAAUAUUAGAGCUGAGGGAAAGAUGUACAAUACCAUUUGGUAUCGUCCAAGAGAAUCAUCAAUGUUGAAGCAUACCGAGUGGACAAUCCAUGAUUGUGCCUCCGAUGCUUGGAAAGACGUCAUGGCGGAAGACGAGGGAAGAAAACUUCCUACGUUUUCCACAAGUAGUGUAUUGUUGAAUGGAAACUUGUAUUGGGUUGUUCAUGUUGAGGGGACUGAUCUGGCCUCCUACUUCUUAAAUAAGUUCGAUUUUUCGAAGGAAAGAUUCUUUAGAUUUUGUGAUCUACCAUGUGGUAUGAACCAUCCUCGCAAUGCUCUUGUGCUUAGGGUCUUUAAAGGAGAUAGGUUUUCGUUGUUAACGCAAUGUUACGUAACGAAGAAGAUUGAGGUUUGGGUGACCAAGAACAAGAUUAACGAUGAGGAGGAUGGUGGUGAUGUGGUUUGGAUUAGUUUAAUGAGUUUUCCAAUUCUUGACUUGCCGAGUUUAGUACUGAAAAGAUACUCUCAGCCAAGUUACUUCAUCGAUGAUAAAAGGCUUGUCGUGUGUUCCUGCGAUGAAACUGGCUGGGCUUGGAUCUAUGUUAUGGGGGAAAAUAAGUUGAUCAGCAAAACUCGAAUAGAUUCUGUGGUUGAUAAAUGGCCUAAGCAUUGCACCUACUUUCCUAGUUUGGUGCCCAUUCCUCGAGGUCAAAGAGCCAAGAGAAAAAGUGAAGAAUCAGAAGAAGAAGCUUAA